UUUACACAUGAAAUCCUUGCGACGCUUUCCAAACAUUACCCAUGUCACGCUAUUGCAUUUUGGGUAACGUAGUCUGUUGAUAUUUAUUAGCGCUGGCGUGGCGGUGCGGGAGACGAGUUUACGAAUCCUACUGCGUUGAAGGCUGAGUAUUAAUAUUCAUGACUGAAGUCUUUGCAAUUGGAAACUAUCUACUCAACCGAAUUAAUAUUCAUGAGCAAUCCAUCACCAUUGGAAGCUUACGCAGCACAGACCUAAUUAACAUUUAUGAGCGAAAUCCCUAGACAUAGUAGGAUUUCGCGUCUUUGCGAGUCACGAAGUUCUAGCGUUAUCAGUUCCAGGCACACGAUGAGCGUUGGAUAUGCAACAUAGCGUGGUUUUGCAUUUCUGUAAGCUUACAGUAGAGGAUGGAGAAGCGACAGACCGCAGCACAGUCAAACGCUGAAACUCCAGACAGUCCCACAGGGGCUCAUGUUGAAUGGUGCAAACAACUGAUCGCAGCCACAAUGUCAAGUCCGAUCUCUGGAUCCAUCAGCUCAGAGAUGAUUUCUAGAGACUACAAGGACUCUGAUGUGGAGGUUAAAGGAUUUCUUUUGGACAGUGACCCUCAACAGACUGCCCCCUCUUCGGCACUCAGAGAAGGAAAUAAGCAGGCUCAGAUGGAGGAGGCUCCGCGUGUUCCUGGAGAAACCAUCAAGGCUAUUGUCAAAGACGUCAUGUAUAUCUGUCCAUUCUCUGGGGUUGUGAGAGGGACUCUAACCAUCACUGAUUACAAGCUCUACUUCAAGAGCCUGACACGGGAUUCUCCGUUUGUGCUGGAUGUGAAUCUCGGAGCCGUGAGCAGACUGGAGUCUAUCGCUGUUCAGAGUCACGGAGACAACACUCAAGGACUUGAGAUAGUCUGCAAGGACCUGAGAAACCCCCGGUUUGCAUACAAGAAGGAGGGACAGAGCAAUUUGGAGGUGUUUGAAAUACUGUCAAAGUAUGCGUUCCCUCUCUCCCACAACCUGCCUCUCUUUGCUUUUAAAUACCGAGAGACGUUUCCAGAAGAUGGCUGGAAGAUCUACGACCCAAUCUCUGAGUACAAGAGACAGGGUCUUCCAAACGAGAGCUGGAUCAUCAGUAAAAUGAACAGCAGUUAUGAGGUGUGUGAGACGUAUCCCGCUCUGCUGGUCCUGCCUUCAAACGUCACAGAGGACGAACUGAAGAGAGUGGCGGCCUUUAGGGCCAAACGCCGUUUCCCUGUGUUGUCCUGGAUUCACCCUGAGAGUCAGGCCGCUAUAGUGCGCUGCGGUCAGCCACAGGUGGGUCCGUCAGACCGCCGCUGCAGGGAGGAUGAACGGUACCUUCAGACGAUACUCGACGCCAACGCUCAGUCUCACAAACUCUGCAUCUUUGAUGCUCGCCAAAGCACUGUGGCUGACACCAACAAAGCCAAAGAUGGAGGAUAUGAGAAUGAGAGUUUCUACAUCAAUGUGGAGCUGAACUUUCUGGAGAUCCCCAACAUACAUGUGAUGAGAGAAUCCCUGAGGAAACUCAAGGAGGUGGUGUAUCCUGCCAUCGACCAACAACACUGGUUCUCAUCUGUGGAUUCUACGCACUGGCUGGAAUACAUCAGGCUCUUGCUAGCAGGUGCGGUUCGCAUCGCAGACCGAAUCGAGUCGGGUAAGACGUCAGUGGUGGUGCACUGCAGUGAUGGCUGGGACCGCACGGCUCAGCUCACCUCUCUGGCCAUGCUUAUGCUGGACGCGCACUACCGCUCGCUCAGGGGCUUCCAGGUGCUGCUGGAGAAGGAAUGGCUGAGCUUCGGACACCGCUUUGCUUCGCGUGUGGGACAUGGAGAUGGGAAUCACGCAAACUCUGAACGCUCACCUCUCUUUGUGCAGUUCAUCGACUGUGUCUGGCAAAUGACACGACAGUUUCCCUCUGCAUUUGAAUUCAAUGAGCUGUUUCUCGUCACGGUGCUCGAUCACCUAUACAGCUGCCUGUUUGGGACAUUUCUCUACAACAGCGAGCAAGAACGAGUCUCGAAGGAGGUUUACAGUAAGACCGUGUCUCUAUGGUCAUAUGUGAACAGUCAGCUUGAGGAGUUUACCAACCCGCUGUAUGUGAACUACGAGCACCACGUUUUAUAUCCGGUAGCCAGUCUGAGACAUCUAGAGCUUUGGGUCAGUUAUUAUGUGCGUUGGAACCCGCGCAUGAGGCCACAGGUUCCUGUUCAUCAGAGUCUGAAGGAGUUGUUGGUCCUGAAGUCAGAGUUGCAGAAGAGAGUGGAGGAGCUAAAACGAGAUGCAGCUUCAUCACAUUCGUUCUCCUCUUCCUCAGAGCAUGAAGGCAUGCCCAUGCAGACUACUGUCUGAGCGUUUCUUAGUAACGUGUUAAGUAAAUACUGCUAUUCUAUAUCAUUAUAUUUGGAAUAAUACCCCUGUGUGGUCAUUAGUGCCCUCUAAAGGCCAUAAAGCCACUGGUUAAAUCACGUAGCACUACAGUUCAACAAACAUUUUCCAUAUUAUGAGUUUUUUAUACAUAACUUUGUGAAGGGUAUUUUGAAUUUGUCACUUAUUGUUGGGGGAAAAAAUAAAAAUGGCACAUUCAGUUGUUGGUUUUAAAACCUGAGCUUCAUCAAGGCAUGGGUUUCGAGCAUAUUUUCAAGGAUUUUUGUUAACAAUAAUAUGUAAACCAGAACAAAACAGUAUCUCUACAAAAAAACAAAAAAAAUGCCUGAAUGUUUUAGUGGCUUUGCCAAGAAUGUUCUUGCUCUUUUAUUGCAUACAAGAAUUACUACUCAUUAAAAUGUAACAUAAUUCAGAAUCAUGCAUAAUAUAAAAUCUUUGCAUAAAUUUGCUCAUUUAUACACAUUUUUUACACAAACUGCAACCUUCAGAUAUUCAGAUAAGCUAUUAUUAUUUUAUAUGCUACUAUUUCAAUAUUACUAUGACAUACUAAAAAUUGCCUAAUGCAUAUUUUAUUUUCUAAAAGCGUUUGUAAUACCAUUUUUUAUAUUCAUUCAUUUUUAUGUCUAAUUUGUUAUAAGCUUAAAUUUGUAAUACUUUUGUAUAUUAAUAUAUGUUAAACACCAAAUUUUGUUGUAUGAAGAAUAAAAAAAAACCUUACAAAAA